AUGAAAUCGCCACAUCACCUUUUUACAGCCGAGAUCACGUUUGCUUUGGUGCUCUUUUUGUUACGAGACGCUGUCGCUCAACCACAACAGGAAGGUGCUGCCGUAAGAACCAAUGGUGGUAAUGCAGCAGCAGCAGGUUCCUCGGGAGCACCUGGUUACUCUUGUGACCCCGCCGUUUGCCAAAUUGCCAACAACUGCCACUGUGCUUCCAAAGACCCGCCCAAUGGGUUGUCACCCCAAGACACACCUCAAUUCGUCACUAUUACAUUCGAUGACUCUAUCCAGCCUUCUCUUAUGGAUACCGCAAAGCAAAUCCUUAAUGUCACGAACCCGAAUGGAUGUUCUGCAAAAGGCACAUGGUUUACCUCCAUGCAGUACACUGAUUUCUCGUUGGUGCAACAAUGGUAUUCCUCGGGAAAUGAGAUCGCUGACCAUACAUUUACACAUGUGGGUGAUCCUUCAGAAGAGGAGAUUGCAAGUUGUCGCCAAAUGCUCAACAGCUAUGGAGGCGUACCGAAUGGCAAAAUCCAAGGUUUUCGAGCCCCCUUUUUAAACUACACUGCCAACACGCUCAACACACUCAAGAAGCAAGGCUUUGCAUAUGAUUCAAGUGCAAGUGCUAUUCCAGGGGAUGCCUAUUGGCCAUACACUUUGGAUUAUGGCAUGGCCAAUGACUGCUGGACGGGCAUUUGUGGUACCAAAGUGCCUGGUAUAUGGGAAAUUCCAAUGUACGCUGUACCAGAUACAGGUGGCAUACCACAGCUGAUGGAUGUGUAUAUGGCUGGGAAUCCUGAAGAAGUGACCAAAUGGAGCACCGAUGCAUUUAAUACUCACUACAAUGGUAAACGACAGCCAUUUGGUAUCUACAUCCACCCCACACAUCUUACAGGAUACCCGGGGUUGCCGGAUCCUAAACCCAAGCUGGACGGGUUGAUAUCGUUUAUCAAAUCCGUAGCUGACAAGCCGGAUGUGUGGUUUGUGACCAACCAGCAACUACUACAAUGGAUGAAGAAUCCUGUCAAGGCAUCCGAGCUUAAGAAUCAAGAUUAUCUUAAAUGCCAACAACCUGUGAUUGACAAAGAAAUCUGCAACGGCUUGGAUGAUAAUAGCAACAAUCAAGUGGAUGAAGAUUUGACCAACAAUUGCAAUUUUGGUACCACAACAUUCAAGACAUGCUUCAAUUGUCCAAGCACGGCACCCACGCUCAGCACCCCAGUACCACCCUCUUCUGCCAAGAAUGGUACCAAUGGCUAUCGUUAUCCUCUCCCCGACAAUUGUGAUACCGAGUGGUGGGAUCCAAUUGGCAACCAAUGUCUUUGCACAUCGUCAACAUGUCAAUACAAGGAUACGGCUGUGCCUGUCAGCUCUUCUGGUAAAGAUGGUGCCAAUGGAGAUGGCACAUCAUCCGCUGCAGGAGGCAUUGUUAAUACUGUCAAGGACAAAGUUGAUACAGCUGCUUAUCUUGCCAUUGCCACAUCCAUCUAUGCUUGGCUGUGA